GAUUUCUUCCUCUUUGUAAUCUCUCUCUCUCUCUCUCUCUUCCCUCUCUUUUCCCAAACCUCCUCCCACUCUCCUCCAGUCUCAUCUUCCAGUGCAACUUAGCUAAAUUCCCAUUCAAAAAAAACACCCAUAUCAAAAACUAAAGCCCCAGUAGGAAAUCGCGCAAUCUUCUCUUUUGGCCAUAAAUGGAAAUUUCCGGUUGGAUUUUUGGAUGGGGUUCUCACAUAAUGUGACGUUUUUCCCUCUCUUGGUUGCUGCCACCGCUGCCUUUUAUUACUUGUCAGUUUGCUCUGUCUUUUGCUCUGGUUAUUUCCCACACACACACGCACUUGUCGUUAUCUUUUGUCAAGGACCUCAUUGCAAACGCGCUUGCCCUUCAUUUGAGAAUUGGUUCUGGUCUCAUCUACUGAUCGCUCUCAGGCAAAUCCCCUGCAUAUUGAAGUUUGGCUACUAGAGGAGGGGUUUACCCAGUGACGACACAUAAAGCAAAAAGGGGAGAACAAGGAACAAGCUCUCGAAACUUGGGAAGAAACAGCCACCCACAGUUACUCCACCCAUCGGUGUCGCUCGAUCCGGUCCCCCUUUUAUCCCGCACCAUUGUUCCUUCACCGGUACGAGUCCAAGACGCCGCGUACGAUACUCGAACUGUCCUAUUCCUUUGAGUCGGGGCCAUCGCACCUGCGCUCCCAAAUGCCCCGCCCACAAACUAUCCACGAAGCAUCGCUUGGAAGAAGCUCGAGACCGUCUACGCCGUCCGGGCCUCCAAGCCGCCACUCAACUUACGCGUCGGCCCUACGAUCUCGCACGCACAGCUACCGCAAUACUCCUGGAGGGAAUACACCGGAAAUUGGGGAGCAAGGGGAAGCAUGGGACGGAGAUCCUGAUCGGACCCAGUUCAGACACACUGGGGACUUUUCUGCCAUUCCUCCAAGUAGUCACGAUGAUGUUCAUGAAGACUGGGAGGAAGGGCACGAAUCACCAGAGGGACAUGACUCUGGGAAUGGAUCGGGAGGCGAGGGCCAAGAGUCGGAUGGAGAAGCGCGGCGGUUGAGAGACGUUCAAGAGGCUAUCAAUGUAAGUCAUCCGUUCGGUCUCAGAAUAUGGAAGCCGGCCUUGUAUCGGAAAUUCCGUAGUAUCGAUACCAAAACGUACAAUGCACUGCAUGCUACACCUGGCGAAAGACCGACGCGUACACUUUACCUCAAUCCGGGAAAUAUACUGUGGUUGAUCCUUUUUGGCUGGUGGCUCGCUCUCGUGUACUUCCUGGUGGCGACAGUUGUGCUGGGUCCCCUGGCUUUUCUUGGAAAGGUCGGAGCCACGAUAUACUUUUGUGGGAACGAGCGUGAGGAAAUAGAAUGUGGCCUUACGAGCUGUGUUGGAUGGUUCUUCAUUGAGCUGGAAAAUAUCUGGCAGUACUCAAAAGUCUUAAUGAAUCUUUCCGGAUAUAUCCUGUGGCCUUUUGGCAAGUUCAUUGCGAAGCGCCGAGUCUAUCACAUGGUCUUCCAGGAGGAUCAUGAUGGGACGGCAAAUGGCGUAUCAAAUGAGCGGACGGCACUGUUGUCUGAUCACGAUGGACAGCGAUAUUCGGAAGAUACCUAUGUUGUUGGCAUACCCGAUGAUAGCGUUCCCGCAACGCCAGUGCCAGAACCUGCGUCAUCAGCGGAUAGACAAGACUUAAAGGUUGCGGCUUGCUGUGACAAUGAGGCCAACGCAGAAAAUAUGAGCGAAGUUUCCGAAGAAUCUUGGCAUGAAUUUAUGUCGUCGAGUCGCAGGUACAGCUACGCGAACGGACAUCAUCAUCGUUGGCCAAAAUGGGUUCCGCGAUGGAUUAGAAGAGCGUACAAUGCUGGACUGGCAGGAAACUUAUUCCGGCUGCUGCUCCUUAUAACCAUCGCACCUUUGCAGUUCGUCGUGGCUUGCAUGUGCUCCUUUCUCGUCUUUCCACUGCCAAUGGCCAAGCUGAAUUACGUCCUCUUGAAGCAUCUUUUCCGACACCCACUGCAGAUCUCUGCCCACACUCCUGUGUACUCCAAGAGACCCAGCACUCGUCCCUCCAGAAGCGCUAGCCUGGCAUCUCGCGCAUCGGAUAUUUGGCGAAGGUCGAGUCGCAUGUUUGGGCGGCCCACAAGCAUAUUUUCCGAGUCGGCCGAGCCCAUUGCUAUUCCUACCACGUUAGGAACCCCGACGCAGAUGCCAAGUGGUGCUGUGGCUCAAGGUCCCCAGCUGGCUCCCGAAUUCCAAGUGAUUCUGUGCACUUAUAAUGCUCUUGGAUGGGAUUACUACAAGUACACGUAUGACGGGAUCAACAUCAUUGUUAUCAAUUUGAUAGCAGUCGUCAUUUUCGCGCUGGUAGAUUUUUACGUGAUCGGUCCACGCUUUGGUUACACCGGAAUUGCAAGUAACACUGUUAUUUUCGUGGCGUCGCUCAUCAGUUCGAUUCCUUUGGCGUACUUUAUCGGAAUGGCCGUUGCGUCGAUUACGUCUGAAACAGGGUCUUUGGCUGUGGGAGCGGUGAUCAAUGCCACUUUUGGAUCCAUCAUCGAAAUCAUUCUGUACUCGCUCGCACUGGUGGAGGGCAAACAGCGCAUGGUCGAAGGUGCCAUAGUGGGAUCUUUACUGGCUGGCUUGUUGGCCUUACCUGGUGUGUCAAUGUUCUUUGGUGGAUUGAAGAAGAAGGAGCAACGGUUCAACGCAAAAGCUGCUGGUGUGACAGCCACCAUGUUGAUCGUAGCAGUUGUUGGGAUGUUUACGCCUACCUUAUUCCAAGAAGUGUAUGGAACGCAGAAGCUAAAGUGCCUAGAGUGUCCGACAACUGUGGAUCAGCAUUCAAUGACUCCCCUCGGACUCGCGCUAUCUUGUAAACAUUGUCGUCUGAUUAGCCCGCGCCCUUCGGAGGACCCGAUUUACUUGACCAGUACGAGGCCGCUGGCAUGGCUGUGUGCUGCUGCAUUACUUUUGAUGUAUGCAGUCGGACUGCUAUUCACAUUGAGGACCCACUCACGUGUGAUUUAUGACAAACCCGACAAAAAGGUGAAGAGAAGGCGGAGGGCGGCUGCUGUAUCCAGGGCAUUGGACUUGGCAAAGAGCGACCAUCAUCAUGGAAUUCGUGCUAUUGGAGGAUUAGGAAUAACAAAUGAUUAUGGAGCAGAGGCUGCAGAUCGAGAAUUGCGUGAAUCAAGAAACCCGAGAACCUCGGCAGCUGGUAAUAUUGGACAAGGACACGGGAAACGGGUAUCACGAGUUAGCAACGCGGCCUCUAUUCCCCCGAAUGAAUAUCCCUUUCCUAACGUUCCACUAACGAUCGAAACUUCCACCGGUUCCCGACCAGUGAGUCUUACAACCCCCACAACACCCAUCUCGCCGUCCCUCCCGCCCUGCCGCGGAAUUCAAACGACAUCUGGUGUCGUUCAGGUCGUUCACCCCGAUCCUGUUGUUUCAGUGAUCGGUGGGGAUGAUUGGGAUACGGCCUCAACAGGGUCAUCCGAGUCUGAUGAAUCGGAAGCCCACGGACAUGACCAUCCAAACUGGAGUAUUUUUAAAAGCGCUCUGGUUCUACUCGGGUGUACGACAUUGUAUUCGCUUGUGGCGGAAGUUUUGAUCAGCUCCGUGGAUGAGGUUAUUGAAGCGUAUGAUAUUGAUGAGAAGGUUCUCGGUGCAACAUUGUUCUCGAUUGUACCGCUUGUUACAGAAUUUUACAAUGCUAUCGCUUUCGCCAUGAACGGCAACAUUGCGCUCUCCCUUGAGAUCGGCUCCGCCUAUGUUAUGCAAGCCGCCAUGCUCCAGAUCCCAGUCAUGGUUGCCUUCUCCUCGUUGUUCUUUAAGCCUAGUCCAGCUGAUCCCCCCAGUUUACCCACGUCCCCUCUCACUAAGCUUUACGCCUUGUUCUCUACCCCCACGACACCCUCCACCAGUACGAGCAUAGAUGGCUUCACCAUGAUCUUCCCGCGAUGGGACUUGUACGCUGUGCUAUUUGGCACCUUUAUGUUGACAUACGUCUACACGGAGGGUAAGAGCAAUUACUUUAAGGGAAGUAUGUUACUGGUAGCCUAUUUCAUUCUUUUGGCUGGGUAUGUAUUUGAGCCGGGGGACUCGGGUUGGGGAGAGGCAGUAUAGUUGGCAUGUCUGAUUUUGUCAUGAUUUGAGUCAUGGUUGCUUUUUUUUGCGGUAUUUGGACAGGUGGUUCUCAGUUAAUAGGGAUUCGUAGGAUUUAGUUAGGUUGGGGCGGAUAUACCUUUUGUGCAGGUUGGGAUCAUUUUCUGUUGUAAUUGGGGUGUGAUGCCGGAGCCGGCAUAUUGUUGGAAGUUGUAAUAUUUUGACGCAAGGAACCAUUUAAGAUAUGGCCCUUCGAGAUUAUAGAAUUCCAGUUAUUGAAUCGACCGGCGAGACGCGCGG